AUGACGAGUGUUUAUAAUUCAGAUCUCAAAAACCAUAGACGGGCACCACCACCACCACGUCCUCCUCCAGUAGCGACACAGUCUACAUCAUCGUCAUUGGGGUUUCUGAACACAUCAACACUGGGGCUAGGGCUAAACUCAAAAAACAUCAACAACAUCAACUCCCUCCCACAAACAACUUCCUCCUCCUCCUCUGCCUCCUCCCCUUCAUCCAAUCAAAUUCCUAUUAGUCUUGGCUCAAACAAACGUCAAUCUGGUUGGGUACAUGUUAAAGACGAUGGUAUAUUCACUUCAUUUAGAUGGAACAAGAGGUUUAUGAAUAUGAACGAUCGCUCACUAAACAUUUACAAGAAUGAACCUAGUAUAAAUGAUCCAAAUAGUCCUGAAUUGCUUUUGCCAUUGAAUUUGAUUAGUAAUAUUGUCUUGAAACCACAAUCAGGACACUCUAAAAAUUGUCAAUCAUUUGAAAUUAUUCCUAAAAACUAUGGCAAAUCUAUCUUGAUCUCAGUCAAGUCAAGCAAUGAGUACCUCGAUUGGUUAAAUGCAUUUUCGAGUAAAUGUCCCUCGGCUCAGAUUGGACAAGCGGGAAACUCAAAUGGAGUUGCAAUUGCUGGUUUUCCAUCGUCUACAUCAGCAUCAUCAUUAUCAUCAUCAUCAGCGACUUCAUCAUCUGCAUUGGCAAAUUCAUCAUUACAGUCUAAUCACAAUUUGGCAUUGUCGUUGAAUGGUAGUAGUGGACUUUUAAAUGGCGGCAAUUCAGGAGUUUCAAGUCCAAUCAACUUUACCCACAAAGUUCACGUUGGUUUUGAUCCUGCUAGUGGUAAUUUCACUGGAUUACCAGAAACUUGGAAAAGUUUAUUACAACAUUCAAAAAUCACCAAUGAGGAUUGGAAAAAGGAUCCGGCUGCUGUUAUUGAGGUAUUGGAGUUUUAUUCUGACAUCAAUGGUUCAAAUCCUUCAACUCCAAUGGCUUCACCCCAAGUCAAUAUGAACAAGAAUGUGACCAACACUAUUGACCAUAACUCAAACUUGCAAGAAUGGACUAAACCACCUCCAAAGAGUAGUACUACUCAGUUUAAACCAAUGCGUUCAGCACCUAAACCCCCAUUACCUUAUCAUUUAACCACGCAACAAUCACACAAUGAAGGUACAGCAACAGUAUCUCCCUUGAGUAAUUUACUCAAUAAAAAUGCCGGAACAACUGCAAACAAUACCACUGCUACACCACCGGAUGAUAAAAGUGAUCUUGUACCUGUAAGAAGAGCACCUCCACCACCGACAGGAUCCAGUGUAGGAGGAUCUUCCAAAUCGCAGCAACAACUGCAGCAACAACUGCAGCAACAACUGCAGCAACAACCGCAGCAUAGUCACCAACGUCAGCAAUCUACUUCCAAACCACAACAAUUGCCGCCAUCAUUGCCUACUGGUGCCAGCUUCAACAGAACACCAACAUACAAGGUUCAUCCUGAUUUAAAGAUUCAACAAAGUAGUACCAGCCUUUCACUGGAUAAAGAAAAUAUGAGCGACAAAAGCAUCAAGCAUUACUCUCCAACAUCAAAAAACAGCUCACCACUGGAGUCACAACACGCAAAUGUUUCAGUUGUUCAAUCACCUCACCAUCACAAACCACAUCAGCAACCACUUACCGGUCCAACUGGAGCUACUCAUUCAGUAACGAAACCGUUGAAUCCGCUAAAUGAGCCGGUGAAGCCAUUGCAAUUGAAGUCUAAACAAGACCAAAGCACUCAGCGAUCAGAAGACCAACCGCAACUGUCACAACAGCAGCAAGACAAAUCAAAAGUCAAACCAAAAGUCCAAUCACCACCUCAAGGCCCGGCUGUACCCAAAACUGCCAAACAAUUGAAAAAGGAACGAGAGAGAUUAAAUGAUUUACAAAUCAUUGCUAAAUUGAAAACAGUUGUAAACAGCAACAAUCCUAAACCAUUGUUUAGAAUUAUUGAAAAGGCAGGUCAAGGUGCUUCAGGAAAUGUAUAUUUGGCUGAAAUGAUUUCCGAGGGUAAAAAGAUUGCCAUCAAACAAAUGGAUUUGAAUGUCCAACCAAGAAAAGAAUUGAUCAUUAAUGAAAUUUUGGUGAUGAAGGAUAGUCAACAUAAAAACAUUGUUAAUUUCUUGGAUUCUUAUCUUAUCGGAGAUUCUGAACUAUGGGUCAUUAUGGAGUAUAUGGAAGGUGGAUCAUUAACUGAAAUUAUUGAAAAUAAUGAAUUUAAAUUGAGUGAACGACAAAUUGCCACCAUUUGUUUUGAAACUUUGAAAGGAUUGCAACAUUUACACAAGAAACAUAUAAUUCAUCGUGAUAUUAAAUCCGAUAACGUGUUGUUGGAUUCAAAAGGGAAUGUCAAAAUUACUGAUUUUGGAUUUUGUGCUAAAUUAACUGACCAAAGAAAUAAACGAGCCACAAUGGUUGGUACGCCAUAUUGGAUGGCACCCGAGGUGGUUAAACAAAAGGAAUACGAUGAGAAGGUUGAUGUUUGGUCAUUAGGUAUCAUGACUAUUGAAAUGAUUGAAGGAGAACCACCAUAUUUGAAUGAAGAGCCUUUAAAGGCAUUGUAUUUGAUUGCCACUAAUGGUACUCCCAAAUUGAAGAAACCAGAGUUAUUGAGUAACUCCAUCAAAAAGUUUUUGUCCAUUUGUCUAUGUGUUGAUGUGAGGUAUAGAGCUACUACAGAUGAGUUGGUGGAGCAUUCAUUUAUUCAGCACAAGUCAGGAAAAAUUGAAGAGUUGGCUCCGUUGUUGGAAUGGAAAAAGAAUCAAAAUCAGCUGCAUGGCCAUGGGGAAUAA